UCUCUCUCUCUGUAUUGCCUUUCUUCACUUUUCACCAUUCACUCUCAGGAUAAGCACACUGGAUCUGAAGGAAACUAUUCAAGACACCAAUUUAUGAUUACGACCCAAACUGUCCUACAUAAGGAACAGCACGGAUGAUGCGUUUUGCGCUGCAGCCAUUCAAUGAAAGAAGAGACGCACAAAAAAAGAGAUGGGCACCGUUCCUGGACUUCCACUUACCCGGUCAUGGGGAAAAUGUUGUCAUCACACCGUGCUGGUUGUACCUGUAGUGGUGGCGGUUCUGCUCCAGCUUUGCGCUGCUUUUAACUUGGACACGGAGAAACGCGUCGUUUUCACCGGACCACAGGGGAGUUAUUUCGGCUAUUCUGUGGAGUUCUUCAGUAACUCAUCCAGUAUCAGCAUUUUGAUCGGCGCUCCAAAAGCCAACACCAGCCAGCCCGACAUCACAGAAGGAGGAGCUGUGUACUUGUGCCCCUGGAGCCAAACUAACUGCAGUAUUAUCAACUUUGACAAGCAAGGUGAUCGAUAUUUUUUUAUAAAUGAAGUGAACACUCAGGUUGAGUUCAAGUCCCAUCAAUGGUUUGGAGCUACUGUGCGUUCCCAUGGCAACAGUGUCCUGGCCUGUGCUCCCAGGUAUUACUGGAGGACCGAACACGACACACCCUUCGCCGAUGUUACAGGAACCUGCUACCUCUCUGACGAUGGUCUCAAAACAUUUGUGGAGUACGCUCCCUGCCGAACUGAAAGACAUGGACCUGCUGGACAGGGCUAUUGUCAGGGGGGAUUUAGUGCUGACUUCACCAAGAGCGGACGAGUUGUGCUUGGAGGACCAGGCAGCUUUUACUGGCAAGGUCAGCUGAUUUCAGCCACCACGGAGGAGAUUGUGAAGGCCUACUACCCCUCUUACUUUCUGCUGUCAGUUGCCGGGCAGAUUCAGACACGACAGGUGCACGGGAGCUAUGACGACAGUUACCUGGGUUACUCUGUGGCUGGCGGCGAGUUCAGUGGGGAUGAUGAUGAAGAUUUCAUCACAGGAGUCCCAAAAGGCCUCAUGCUGUAUGGUUUAGUGUCCAUAUUAAAUGGAAGGGAUCUGAAGUCUAUGCUCAACUUGACAGGGGAGCAGAUGGGGUCCUACUUUGGCUAUGCAGUGGCAGCCACGGACAUCAACAAUGAUGGUCUGGAUGAUCUGGUGGUGGGUGCUCCAAUGUUUAUGCGUCGAGGGUCCAAUGGACGUCUGGAGGAGCUGGGUAAGGUGUAUGUGUACCUCCAGAAGGGCCCUCUGCUGCUGGAGCCCAGCCAGUCCCACCUCCUUGGUCGGCAGGCAUUCAGCCGGUUUGGCAGCUCGCUGGCUCCCUUGGGUGACCUCAACCAGGAUGGAUUCAAUGACAUGGCUAUCGGCUGUCCUUACGGAGGAGACGACCAGCAGGGACUGGUUCUCAUUUAUAACGGUCAUGCUGGAGGACUAAAGGACACGCCCACUCAGACUCUCGCUGGCCAAUGGGCUUCCAGCUCUUUCCCAGCCAGUUUUGGCUUUGCUCUCCGAGGCAACAGAGAUCUGGAUCAAAACGGCUACCCAGAUCUGAUUGUUGGUGCUUUUGGGGCUGACAAAGCCGUGCUAUACAGAGCUCGGCCAAUAGUGAGUGCAAGCGCCUCUCUCACAGUGCAGCCAACCAUGUUCAACCAGGAAGAGAAGACUUGUGAGCUGUCCACUGGGAAUGAAACCAUUGCUGUGUCCUGUGUAAGCAUCGGUUUCUGCCUGCUGGCUAAUGGGAAGCACCUCCCCUCUCAUCUAGGCUUUGUAGUGGAGGUUCAGUUAGACAGUGUGAAGCAGAACCAGAAAGAGUCCAUCAGGAGGACUCUGUUCCUGGACAGCCAGCAGCCCAGUCUGGUGAAGAACUUCAGCCUCGCCAACGGAGAACGCUCGUGCCAUGAAACCAAGAUCUAUCUCCGGGGUGAAGAGGAGUUUCGGGAUAAACUCUCUCCCAUUUACAUCAGCCUGAACUUUAGUCUGGAUCCUCAAGCCCCAGCGGAUCAACAUGGUCUCAGACCUAUCCUGAAUUAUCAGACAGAACAGCUUAUAGAACAGAAGGCCCAGAUUCAGCUCGACUGUGGAGAGGACAACAUCUGCGUCCCUGACCUGAAGUUGGCUGUUAAUGGUGACAGAACGGAGGUUUACCUGGGUGAUGAAAACUCCUUGAGCCUGACCUUCAACGCCAGGAACGAGGGAGAGGGAGGAGCGUACGAGGCCGAGCUCUAUGUGGUGCUUCCCCCGGAGGCCGACUACAGCGGGAUAGCACGCAACAAUGUGAGCCUGACUCAGCUGACGUGCAGCUAUGAGGCAGAAAACCAGACCCGCUAUCUUUUGUGUGAUCUUGGAAACCCCAUGAAGCCGGGUACCAGUUUAUGGGCUGGCCUCCGGUUCACUGUGCCAAGACUGAAGGAUACUCACAAAACUGUACAGUUUGAGCUCCAAAUACGAAGUAAAAAUGCAAAUAACUCAGAGAGUGAAGUGGUGUUGUAUGAGCUGGAAGUGGCUGCGAUGGCUGAUGUCAUUCUGCAGGGUGUUUCUCGGCCAGACAAAGUCAUCUUUCCCCCUCCCAACUGGACUGCUAGUCAGACUCUGAUGGAAGAGCAGGACGUCGGCCCAGAGCUUCAGCAGGUCUAUGAGUUGGUGAAUAACGGUCCAAGUGUGGUCAGCCAGUCCACAUUAGAGGUGAGAUGUCCUCUGAGGGCUCAUGACCAUGAGCUGCUCUAUCCUGUGGAAAUGAUCACUGAGGGGCCGCUCAGCUGCUCCUCCAAACACACCUUUAAUGCACUAAAGCUCAAGCUCCAGCCUCCAGCAACAGAGAAUCCCACGUCACUGAAAUCCAGCACUGAACACCACAUCCAGAGGAGGGAGGUGAACAGAGAUCCUCUGGCUGAACAAGGAAACCUGACCUGCUCCGCAGUGGAGUGCUGGCAGCUGCAGUGUAAUGUUGGGCUGCUGGAGAAAGGAGCCAGUGCGAUCCUGACUGUUCGCUCCAGACUCUGGGCUGAAACCUUCAUUGAGAGGCCCUAUAAGCAGUUUGUUCUGGAGUGCUCUGUUCAGUACAAGGUGGACAAGAUGCCUUAUUCUAUUCCUCCUAAAAACAAGCCAUCGGGAUCCAAAAAGGUGGUGACGGCUGUGAUGUGGAACAAGCCGGACAGUCUGUUCCAUGUUCCUGUGUGGAUCAUUAUCCUGGCUGUUCUAGCUGGACUUCUAUUACUCUCCCUGCUCAUAUAUCUACUGUACAAGAUGGGCUUCUUUAAAAGGUCAGAUCCGUAUGGUACAACCAUGGAGAAGGCCCUGCUCAAACCCCAGGCGUCCUCUGAAGCCUAGCUCCAACACGGAGCCUCCCCUGCAGCUGUUCCACAGAACUGGAAUUAUCGUCACAUUCCUAAAUAACAAAACUUGCUCAUCAUAAGCAGGCAACCCAUUUAUGAAGGGACAAAUAUGGGUGCUGCAUCACUGGAAUACAUCAUAUCUGAUGCUGCACUAAAAUGCCAAAGCAGGAAAAACUACGAGGGCCAUGCAGUUGAAUAUGCACUGCUGUUUUGGACAUUAAUUUAUACAAUCAGAGCAGGAUUUAUGAAGCUUCUGCAGAAAAAGCAACAAGGACUUGAUUCAUUGAAGCUCAUCCCUGUGGAAAAAUGUUUCUUUGGAAAAUAGUCCUCGGUGUGUUGAACAGGAAAAGAUUAAGAUUUAACAGCCUGUAUCAGUCCAGGAAAACAAACGCACCUCCAACAAAAGGCACUAAUGCGACGGUAUUCCUUAUUCUUAAAAGGUGUAUAUUAAGCCAUGUUUGCAAUCCCAGUGUUUGAUAUUUCUUGAGGUUUCCUGCUUUUGUAUGUUCUAUACACCAGUUGUUAUUUAUGGCACAGUGUUUUCCUAUUGAUUGUUGAAUGUUGUACUGUACUGUCUGCAGGACAAUCCUGAUCAAACUGCAAUGUUUAACUUGAAUUAUUCCUCUCCCAUAUUGGGAGGUAUUUUGUGUAUGAUGUCAUGUAUGUAAUGUAUUCAUUGUGUUAUGACCCAUUGGUGUUGUGGCCCAGAAUAAAGCCUAAUUUUGUAUACUCACCCAAAAUGUCGAUGUGCCAGCUAUGAGCAAACAAAACCCCUUGAUAUUGACAUGAGAUACUGUAUGUGGGCAAUAGACCAGUGCACUGUUCAAUGAAAAACUGACCAGUACAUCACAAAGACCCAGCUACCACAAGAUCAACAUGUCAGCAUCCAGAUUUAGAGUCUUUUGAGUUGAUUCAGUUUUUCACAGUACGUAAAGAAACAAAGUGGAAAGAACACUUCACAUUUUGAGAAUUUUUAUUUAUAUGACUUAACAGCUCAAUCUAAAAAAAUGCAGUUUUCCAUUGAGCCACAGGCAUUCAGUGGUCUAUUACCUCCCUCUGCAGGUGACAUCUGUUACUACCACUAUACAGGGCCUGUCCUCUGAUGCCUUCAGGUGCCAUCACAAAUAUUAGAGGUUUCCAGUUUCCACAUCACACUUGUGUAAACUGCAUAUUUGACCACAGUUGGCCUCCAAACUAGUUGUGAUGUCACAAAAUCAUUCUCAUAUGGACACAGAAACUUUCUUCAUCAAAUGAAUGCAAAAAACAGUCUUCUAGUGUCAAGUGAAGUAACAAUAACCAAAACAGUUUUGAAUAAAGGGGGACUUAAAGUGAUUUCUCCUCUUAAUGACCCAUCCUGGACUUUCAUGACAAAAAUCAAUUAUUAAAGAAGUGAUUGGUUGAGACUUUUUUUUUCAGAGUUCUUAAUUAUAUCUUAUAUCAGUGUGGUACAGCCUUCUACACCUUGUAGAGAGAAAUAUAUAUAAAAGAUACUGUAUAAAGAGUGAGUAAAAUGAAUCAUCUUUGAACUAUUAAAUAAGUCAUUUUGCAACUUUGUUUGUUUUGCUAAUAUCAUCAUUAAUUAUUAACUUACCUUUGAUAAGUAAUUCCUUUAGUGCAUUCUGGGUCUGCCUCAGGGUCUCAAGGUUAGAGGUUCCCAGGAGACCUCUACAGAGAGGUGUUGAGAUAUUUCAUGACUGAAAUUCCUCAACUGGCUCCGUUCAACAUGAAGGAGCAGCAGUAAAGUGUGAAGUCACCUGGAAUCUCACCAGGAAAGCAUGAUGGACCACACCAACCGCGGACAAAAAGCUGAAAAAGGUUCCACUCAUUUCUAUACUAUACAAAGCUUUCAGGGAUUUUAAUCUGCACGGUCAUUGUCCCACUCAUGUGUGACUCCAAUCAGCAUAGAGAUCCUCACUGACUGCUGAAUGAUUAAAUGAAUGUAUUAAUAUGUAUUAUAUUUAGGUAGAGGCCCUUCAUCCAUCACCCAUCAGGCCCUCUAGGUUCUGUCUUCUCCCUGUGCAUUUUACUUUAUCUUUCGUUUUUGCGUUCUUUUUGUUAAUGUGU